GUAUUUCGAUUUUGUAGAAGCAAAUGUCAUUCAGCUUUUAAACAUAAACGUAAUCCUCGUAAAGUUCGUUGGACAAAAGCUUUUAGAAGAGCGGCAGGCAAAGAAAUGGCUAUUGAUUCCACAUUUGAAUUUGAAAAAAGACGUAAUGUUCCUGUACGUUAUGAUAGGGAACUAAUGGCUACAACUAUAAAAGCUAUGAAGAGAAUCACAGAAAUCAGAUCUAAACGUGAGCGUGCAUUCUACAAGAAUAGAAUGGCUGGUAAUAAAGAAAAACAGAAAGCUGAAAAUAUACGUGAAAUUCAACGACAUAUUGAACUUAUCGAUACACCUACGGAUAAAAUUAAAGCACAAGUUGCAAAGAUUGCGGAAAAAGUACAACAAACCGAUAUGGAAAUUUCAUAA